AUGCUCACCUGGUGGAUUGAGUACGGGCGCUCUGGACUUGGGGCCCCUCAGGGGGGUCAGACAGCAGAGUCUGUCUGCGGGGUCAAUCUGGUUCAGAUCACAGGCCUUCUCAAAGGCUGUGAGGCAAGGAGAAACACUGGCCGGCAGAGGGCUGAGUCAGAGGCAGCGCAGGUUAGGAGUGGGGAGGGAGAAGGGGGAGAGAAGGCACAGGUGCUUUGCAGCCUUCCCCUCCCCUCCCCCGGGCACUCACCUGGAGGAGAUGCCAAGGGGGCUUCUGGUCCGGUGGGAGACAGGAAUCUCUGCAGUGGACCUCGCUCACCUGAGCAACUACUGGUGCUUCCAACAAAUAACUCCAGUCUGUACCCGGUGAUGGAAUACAUUCUGGGCUGGGAGAUGUUCUCCCACCUACGGCGGAUCGGGAGGUUCGGUGAACCUCAUGCCCGGUUCUACGCUGCUCAGAUCGUCCUGACCUUUGAGUAUCUGCACUCUCUGGAUCUUAUCUGCCGAGACCUGAAGCCAGAGAAUCUCCUGCUAGACCAGCAGAGCUACGUCGAGGUGACAGAUUUUGGUUUUGCCAAGCGGGUGAAAGGCCGAACCUGGACUCUGUGUGGGACCCCGGAAUACCUGGCCCUCAAGAUCAUCCUCAGCAAGGGUUAUAACAAGGCUGUGGACUGGUGGGCCCUGGGUGUCCUCAUCUACGAGAUGGCGGCUGGUUACCCCCCAUUCUUCACGGACCAACCCACACACCUCUAUCUCUCUUCCUCACUCCAGGUCCGGUUCCCUUCUCACUUCAGCUCGGACCUGAAGGACCUGCUCCGGAACCUGCUGCAGGUGGACCUCACCAAAUGUUUUGGCAACCUCAAGAACGGGGUCAACAACAUUAAGAACCACAAAUGGGUUAGCUACCAGAGGAAGGUGGAAGCUCCUUUUGUACCAAAGUGCAAAGGCCCUGGUGACAUGAGUAAUUUCGACGACUAUGAGGAGGAGAUCCGGGUCUCGACCCUCGAGAAGUGCGCCAAGGAGUUUGCUGAGUUCUAGGACCAGCGGCUCCUCCAAGAAGGGUGCGCGUGGAGCAGAUGGGGGUGGGGUUGGAUUUUGGUUUCAUAGAUAAAUUAUAUAUAUUAUAAAUACAUGAGCGCUGUCAGGAGCGGAGAGGGGGAGUCCUGUGGCUAGACCGCCCCCCCAACUCCCCUUUUCCACAAAGAAGCUUGAAAGUCCCAUCUAGAGGGUGAGGAUAUUAUCCGCCCCGCCCUGGGAAACAGGUCUGUGUCCUCCAACAACACUUGUUUCACUGGGAAACCUCCCGCUCCCAGCCUCCACUUCCUCU